UGUUAAGACUGAACUGUGUAGAAAAUUUCAUCGUGAUCGGACUCUCCUUUCGAAAGUUAUCGUGUAUACGGCCGGCCGGACAUACUGACCGAUUCUAGAGUGUGCUCACUUUUUGAGUACACAAAAAGUAGAAUCAUGUAGUUACAAGAAUAUUUCAUUGUUUAAUAUGUCUUCAACUUUAAUACACCAUUCGAGAGAAGAAAAAUGGUUCGUAUUGAUCUGAGAAAAUAUUGUUUUUUUGUUGAGCAAAUCAAUUGUUUUCAAUAUCGGUGAUAUUCGAAAUUACCAAACAAAACUUCAUCAAGUUGUAUAUAUUUUUUUGUUAAAAUAUAUAAUAUUCGACACAUCAGAAGAUCACUUCUGCGAAUCGAUUUUUUAAAAAUAAUUCCUCCAGCUUAUUUAAUUUCUUUCGCAUUUUCUUCUAAAAAACCGAGAAACGUUUUAUUAAAAAAAAGCACAUUCAUAAUUGAAGACAACAUAUGCUUAUGUAUACAUGUCAAAGUUUGUUUUAUGACGUAUUUUUUGUGAGCCUGAAAAUAUAAUUCUUUUCAUAAAAAGAUCUAUAAGCAUUCUUCGAAACAGCCACACAAAAAAGACAUUGAAUGUGUAUUCAACUACUGUUUUUUCUAUCAAUUUCAAGUUAAGUAUAUCAAUGGUAUAUUUCAUUGUGAACAAAAUCAUUCAAACAUUAACAUAAGCAACUGACUUUAAAAAAUUUGACAAAAUAAUUUAAUUUUCUUUUUUCCAGUUAUUUAGCUUUUGAGAAGGUUAAAUACUGUCCGUGACAAAUAUUAUCUUUUACUAACGAUGUAUUUGAUAAAAAUGUGCAUUUCUUUAACCUUUUGCUAUCAAUUUCAAAAGAAUUGAUUUUCUCAACAAGGAAACGAUAUUUUUCCACACCUAUACGAAUUUCUUUCACCUUUACUUCACGGUUCGAAUGAUAUAUAGAGAUUGAAGAGAUGUUUUCAAACAAAAGACUAAAUAGAUUUUGCAGAAUAAGUGAUCAUUGUGUUGACUGACGGACCGUAUUGAACGAUAAAAUAUUCUUGUAACUACACGGUUCUACUUACUUUUUUCAUGCUGAAUCCGAAUAAACUGAUUUCAAAUAUUUGUCAUUAUUCUCAAUGUACGAAAUGUUAAAGUUUCUUGAAAAAUGUUCGGUUUUUGAUGAUGAUAUUCAUGAUCGGCUUGGUGGGAUUAUAUCCAACAUGCUGAAAUAUUAGGAUGUUGAAAUUUUUGCUUUUGAUGAAUCUUAUUAAAUAGAUUUUCAUAAUAAAAAAAAUGAGAAUUUGUUUUUUUGUCUAGCUGAGAAAUUCUUUGCUGCACUUGAACAUCCAGUUGUACCAGUUGUAUUAGGACGAACAAAUUAUUCGUAUUUUAUUCCAUCAUCUGGAUAUAUUGAUAUAAGGCAAUUUUCUACUAUGAGUUCAUUAGCUCAACAUCUUAAUGAAACUCGUUAUAAUAAAGAAAAAUAUUUAUCAUAUUUUUCAUGGAAAAAAGAUUAUGUUUGGGGUUUAAAUCAUUUUUUUACUCCAUUUUGUGAUCUUUGUUUACGUCUUCAUCUUGAUUCAAAACCAAAUAUUAUUGAUAAUAUACAUAAAUGGUGGUUUGAAGAUAGUUGUCAAGAAGCAAAUAUACUUCCUUGA